AUUGGUUUCGGGAUUUUCAAUGGAGCUUGUGGCUCUGGUGGAUUCUCGGUUUCUUCGUGUUUUCAUUCUGAAGAGUUUCGGAAUCCGUGGAUGUCUUUCGGUGCUGGAAGUCGUGCUCGAGCUGCUCGAUUCCGUCGGAUUGCCCUGGAGAUUUUGAUCGACCUCAAGCAAGAUCAGAAUCGAUCAGGGGAAAUGGGAAUACUGGAUGGAAGUGGAUGGAAGUGGAUGGAAGUGGAUGGAAGUGGAUGGAAGUGGAUGGAAGUGGAUGGAAGUGGAUGGAAGGCGCGAGUCAUCGUGACUGCGCUUUUCCGCUUUCCCUUUUGCUGGCUUUCCCUUUUCGCCCUUUCUGAGCUCGGGGAAUCCCACAAUCUCUUUCCUGGUUGA